AUGGAAUACGAGAGGGUGCAGAAGUUACAGACUGGUAUAAUAUCUCCAAGUAAGUUGAGGAUGAAGCUAAUGGGGCCUCACCAUCUCAGGAAGAAGGAUGGAUCAAAUAGUGAUUCUUCAAGAACAUCUCCUGCCAGGCUUGAGGAUUCAGUAUUUGUGAAGAACCGACUAUUGGCCACACGAAGUGGAGAUUUUGAGGAUGAAGCUUCCAGUUUAGAAGUUCCGCCAACAAAAUACAGUAGUAGUUCAGUGUUAGCUGCAAGCCAAGGAGAUGGUAUUUUGUCGCAACCAAGAGGGCUCGUGCUGAGGGAAAAUGAUAAUGUGGGCAGUUUCAAAAUGCAGCUAGUUUCAAUUGGCGAUGUUAGUAAUUUUAGUUCAGCGCAACCUAUGAGGAUAAAUGAAGAUGAGAUUCUUGAUUAUGACAGUACUUCGAGCUUCGAGUUUCAUAAAGGGGAGAGAUCGCUGCAUCAUCCUGCGAAUAGAUCAUUCUCAAGACCUUUGCCAUCCAAAUGGAAUGAUGCUGAGAAGUGGAUUAUGAAUAGGCAAAACAUUCAAUCUAAUAAUUCGAAGAAGACCAACAGACACAAUCAAGUGAACUGGGUACCUGACACUAAUAUGGUGAGAGUUGUCCCAGAGUCCACUGGUUCUGAAAAUAAGUUAUCUGUCAAGCACGUUGAUUUCUGUCAGCCUGCAUCACAAACAGGGGCGUGGAAGUCUGCUUUUGCUUCACAAGGAGCUCAACCCUUUUCAGGUCAAGGAAAUGGAGUGAAUGCAUUAAUCGAUUUGUGCCCUGAAAGCAAGGAUUUGAUGGAGGUGGAAACUAUGGGUUCGUCUUGCCUAAAGACCAUGACAGAAGAUACUUCAGGCAUUCCAGCACCAAGAUCAGUUACAAUGAGAGACAUGGGAACAGAAAUGAGUCCAAUUCCAAGUCAAGAGCCUUCAAGGAGUGCUACUCCUGUAGGUUCCACAACCCCAUUCCGUAGCCCAACUUCUUCUCUGCCAUCCACUCCUCGAAGAAGAGAGCCAGCAACCUAUCCGAUAGAGCACUCAGAUAAGAAUGAUUUGCAACUUUCAGCUGAAAAUUUGAAAACAGAAUUGUCUGAUCAAGAACAAAAGCUCGACACAAGAAGAGAAAUUAUAGCUCUUGGUGUCCAACUUGGUAAGAUGAAUAUUGCUGCUUGGGCAAGUAAAGAUGAUAAAGAGAAAAGUAAUUCCAGAAAUGAAACCAUUGAUUCUAACGAGCUUGAAGGGAUUGAAUAUGCAAAACGGGCAGCUGUGUGGGAAGAAGCUGAGAAAUCUAAAUAUGCUGCCAGGUUUAAACGAGAAGAAAUAAAAAUCCAAGCAUGGGAAAGUCAACAGAAGGCAAAGCUUGAAGCUGAGAUGAGGAAGAUAGAGGCCCAAAUUGAGCAAAUGAAAGCUCAAGCUCAAGCAAAGAUGGUGAAGAAGAUAGCAAUGGCAACACAAAAAUCAGAGGAAAUGCAGGCUGCUGCAGAAGCUAGAAAAAAUCGACAGGCUGAAAAAACUGCUGCAAAUGCAGAGUACAUUCGCCAAACAGGUCGAAUUCCAUCAUCCCCUUUUACGUGCUGUGGUUGA